AUGGCAACCAUAAUUAGCAAAUGCUCCAUCAUCAUGACCAUACUUUUCAUCAGUUUCGGGCUUCAGGCAUCGUCGCAAUAUACUGGCAUCGGAACCAUCAAUGCUCCUCCAUACGUUCCUUCAGCUUGUUACGGGUACCAAGAUAUGGGAGUGAUGAUAGCUGCUGCAAGUGAAGCAUUAUGGGAUGGUGGUGCUGUUUGCGGUAAGUAUUUUGAGGUGACUUGCACCGGCGGAACCAAUCUAGGUACACCACACCCUUGUUCAGCCACCCCCACGGUCACCGUUGUCAUCACCGACUUCUGCCCCCCUCCUGGUUGCAAGGGCGACCUUGACUUGUCCCACGAAUCGUUUUCCGCCAUUGCUGAUCCCGCAGCCGGAGGAAUCAAAAUUUCUUACCAACAGCUGUGA